AGCCCAACCCCCCCUCCUCUCAACCUUCCACUUUAACAGAGCAGGCAGCAACAGCAGCAGAGACGGCGUGACGUGGUGGGAGAACGUACUGCCACCAAGCCUGGAGCCGCCUUUCAGAACGAACACGCAACUCACUGCUCUACCUCCUGUUCAUCUUCCUCCUCCCCCGCUGCUUUCACCCCUCUAGUCCUCUUGCAGACAACACAACGGCAGCACAGAGCGGUGUGCAAGGGACUGCUGAAUGAGGAGGGUGAGAAGAGGAAAGUGGAACCAAGGAAAAGGCUGAGAAACACAUGGGGGGGAGUUAACAUGAGAGCAUGUAAAUCAAAGAAGAAGAGUGAGAGGAAACAAGGAUAGACACAAGAAAUAGAAGAAAAGCUGGACUAACGGAGAGAUGCAAGGCUUAUGCAUCAUCCAAAGAUGAUCCCCAUCUGUCCACUGCUGCUUUGAUAUACACAAUACGACAAGCAAGGACAGUGAAAGGACCCAGGGCUGGAGCUAACUGCCAACUCCCGAGUCUUUGGCCAAAGGAAGCAGCGCAGCACCAUAAGCAUCAACCCUCUGGGGACAAUGCGCCAAGGCAGAUGGAGAACCUAUGCUUAGACAGGAGAAUUUAUGCUGUGAAGGCUUAAAAUGCAACACCCACAUGAAAAUCAACACAAUGCUACGGUAAUCGCUAGUGAUCCAACAAUAGAGUGGACAUUUCACCUUACUGCUGGUUUCUCAGACCACAACCAAAUGUGCAUAAUUGAGAAUGAGAUUUCAUCAUUGGACCUCUAAGGGAAUCCAUCACACUCUUCACUUUGCUCCAGGGAUCACUCCUUGUAAGAAGCUGCUUACACCUUUAUGGGUGAAUUAGUCCUGAGGUAACCAUGCAGUGGAGACGGCGCCAUUGCUGUGCCCACACAGCUAAACUUCUCUAUCUUCUCUCACUGUUGGGUGUACUGAUACUUCUGGUUCAACAGGAGUGGCUGCCCGGGUUCUCGGGUAUGCUAUGGUGGAGAAGCCAUCCCGUAGUGUACGGAGAGGGUGAACUUCAUACCACCAACAUAAGCAGCCACCAUUCAGAGUGGAGGUUUGUCAUUGUUCCUCAGCCAACUUUCAAGGCUGAUGCUAACAUCAGCUCCCAUGAGAAGGAAGGUGUCUCUUCUUCUCCAGGAGACCCAAGUUUUGAGAACACUUUGGCAGCCAGUAUCGAGGGAGAACUAAGUGGCAAUAUAACCCAUGGGCCUUUCACUUAUAUCAUCAAUGAGCCAGACAAAUGUCCAGAAAGCAGACCUGUGCCAUUCCUGGUGUUGCUGAUAGCCACUGAGGCUCGGCAAGUAGAGGCAAGGAAUGCCAUACGUCAGACAUGGGGGAACGAGAGUGUGGCACCAGCUUUAGGAUUUAUCCGGCUGUUUCUGCUGGGGAAAAAUGAGGGUGAGCUGGGACUUUUACAGCAGAAGAUGCUAGAAGCAGAGAGCCGGAGAUACCAUGAUAUCAUUCAGCAGGACUUUAUGGAUUCCUACAAAAACCUGACCCUUAAGACAUUGAUGGGAAUGAAUUGGGUGGCAAUUCACUGCCCGCAAGUCAGCUAUGUCAUGAAGACGGACAGCGACAUGUUUGUCAACACAGAGUACCUCAUUUACAAGCUGCUCAGGCCAGAAAUUAAGCCCAAGAAGAACUAUUUCACAGGCAAUAACAUGAGAGGCUUUGCACCCAACCGAAAUAAAAAUAGCAAAUGGUACAUGCCCCCUGAGCUGUACCCAGGUGACAAGUAUCCCACCUUCUGCUCUGGGACUGGCUACGUCUUCUCUGGGGACAUGGCGAGUAAAAUCUAUCGAGCAUCACUAAGUAUACCCAACUUGCCUCUGGAGGAUGUGUAUGUGGCGAUAUGCCUGGCCAAGCUCCAGAUCGAGCCCACUCCUCCACCCAACGAGUUCCUAUUCAACCACUGGCGGGUGUCUUAUUCCAGCUGCACAUACAGCCAUCUGAUAACAUCGCAUGGUUUUCAUCCCAAUGAACUUCUUAAAUACUGGCAUCACCUGCAGAGCAACAAACUCAAUGCCUGCAUCAACACUCUGAGGACAAGAGCAGGCAGGCACUCAAACAGAACAAGAGAGAAACCCUCUAUAGCUGUAUAACUGAAAGUGUUGCUGCUAAAUUCACCUUGUUAGAUACAAAUAAUGAUUUAUUUAUUUAAUCUCAGCACAUCCUCUUCUUUACUUGACAUCAAGGUAUUAAUCCACUUGGAGAUAUGGGAACACUGGGGAUAUGGGAACUCAAUUCUGCAUAAAUGUUGUUGUGUAAAAAUAAGGAAGUGCUCUAAAAUGGUUGCCAAUUUUGUACAAAAGAGUUUAAAAAAGGUUUGAGUCAAACCACUGGAAUUUUUAAGUACACAGUUAUAUUUACAAAAGUUUAAGCUGUGUUUCACUGUGGUGCAAAAGCUACUUUUUGUAAUAAUGUAAGACUAACUGUAUGUAUUUUAUAUUUGCAAGGUGGAAGUGGUACAGUGCCAAUAAAAUAUUUCCAAAUGUG